AUGGUUGGUAUCCACUCCAUUGUAGCCGUCGCCGUGGCCAUCAUCAUGCUGCCGCUCACCGCGGCCCAGCCGUUCCGGUACUCGACGUGUGCAGGCGGCACCUACGACGACGCUGCCAACAGCACGUUCAAAGGCAACCUCGAGCUCCUCGCGGCGGCGCUCCCCGGCAACGCCUCUGCCACGCCGGCCGGCUUCGCCGCGGGCACUGUCGGCGCGGUGCCCAACCAGGUCUCCGCUCUGGCGCUCUGCCGCGGCGACACGGACGCGCCAACCUGCCGCGAGUGCGUCGCCGCGGCGUUGCCCGGCGCGCGGCGAGACUGCCCCGGCAGCAAGGACGUCACCGUCUACCAGGACGCCUGCGUCGUCCGAUUCUCCGACCAGAGGUUCCUCGAUUUCGUCGGCGUGAACUCGCCGUACGCCGUGUCCUACUGGGACGCGGACAGCCUCGCGGUCCCCGAGGCCCGGUUCGACGCCGCCGUCGCGGCGCUCAUGAGCGCGGCGGCGGACCGCGCCGUGGCCGCGGCCGCGGCAAGCAGCUCCGCCAGGAAGAAGUACUUCGCCACGGCCGUGAUGGACUUCGACGCGCACUACCCGAGAAUCUACGGGCUGGAGCAGUGCGUGCCGGACAUGUCGGCGGCGCAGUGCGGGAGCUGCCUCCGAAACCUCGUGGCGUCGAUCCCGGGGUUCCUGAACGGGAAGCCCGGGGGGAGAUCGCUUGGUAUCUGGUGCAACCUGAGGUACAGCGUGCGCCCGUUCUUCAAUGGCAGCGCGAUGCUGCACCUCGCGGCACCGGCGUCGGCGCCGGCGCCCACGGUUGUGCCAUCAGUUGAUACUCCGAAGGCCGGAGCCGGAGCAGGGAGGAAAAGGAGAGCAGCGGUAGGAGUCUCCGCUGGCGUGGCUUGUUCGGUCGUGUUCAUAUUGAUAUUUUCAGCUGUCGCUGUGAUUCGCUUCAAGAGAAAGGUUGCCACAAAGAAUGAUCUCUCAUUGGAGAAGAUGGCCAGAGCAAAGUGCAUGAUCUUUGACUUUCUUACACUGCAAGAGGCAACUGAAAACUUCUCAGAGGAGCGUAAGCUCGGUCAAGGCGGUUUCGGUAUUGUAUACAAGGGAAAGCUCCCCGAUGGACAAGAAAUAGCAGUAAAGAAGCUUUUAGACAGUGCUACUGGACAUGGGCUGCUCCAGCUACAGAAUGAAAUGCAGGUAUUGGCAACGCUUCAGCACAAGAACCUCGUCAGGUUACACGGGUUCUGCGUGCACCAGAAUGAGAUGAUGCUUGUUUAUGAAUUCAUCAAGAACGGGAGUCUCGACACCUUUCUGUUUGACACUAGAACCGGAAAUAAACUAAGCUGGGAUCAACAGUACAACAUCAUAGUUGGAAUUGCCAAGGGAAUAAUGUACCUUCACCAUGAUUCAAGAAUCAGGAUCAUCCAUCGUGAUCUAAAAGCCAACAACAUUCUUCUUGAUGAGAACGCGGACCCGAAAAUUGCAGACUUCGGACUAGCAAGGCUGCUGGGAGAUCAUACUCAGACCAAGACGGCUACGGUUGCUGGAACAUAUGGUUAUAUGGCUCCGGAGUACGCAAUGCAUGGAAGUGUGUCACCCAAGGUCGACGUUUUCAGCUUUGGUGUGCUGGUACUCGAAAUUGUAACUCGAAGAAGGAACACUAGUUUUGACGAUUGCGAUAACGUGAAAAAUCUACUCAGUGAUGUUUGGAAUUGCUGGACAAAAGGGAUGAUAUCGCAGAUGAUGGACCAAAACCUCGAGGGAUACUCUCGAACCCAAGCGCUAAGAUGCAUCCAGAUCGGGCUGCUGUGCGCCCAGCCUGACCCUGAUGACAGGCCUGAUAUUUCAUCAGUUGUUUUCAUGUUGACCAGGGACAACAUGGAGCUGCAGGCACCGGCACAGCCUGCGUUCUUCUUCGGGCGAGACUCAACUGUUGUUUCUCAGCCGUACGAGCAACGAGUUUAUGUUUAUGACCGGUCUGAUGUGACCGUGAAUGAGGUCACGCUCACUGAUCCACAUCCUAGAUAAGCUCAUGUGUCGUGCCUGGGUUAUUCAGAACCUAAUUGAAUACGGUAACCGAGUUAAGUGUGUUGAGUUGUGUGUAGAUUGUAGAACUCUGAAACUAGGCUUUGAGCCGAUCUUGGGCCAUGUCAUGUGCAGUUAGGUGAGUGUGACCAGGUUGCUGAAUGAGGAAAGGUGAGUGCG